GCGAUGGAAAGGGGACGGCUUGUGCGGCAGGGUGGUGCGAGCCCUCGCGGCUCUCAUCCUCCUGGCUGCUGUCAGACUGACAAUGCUCCAAGGGUCACUGCCAGCGUUUUCGCCGCAGGACAACCCGCCAGCAUUUCAUCCGUCCUUCGCAGUAAGACUGAUGACGUUCUGCUAUUUGGCCGCGUUCAACUGGUGGCUGCUGUUGUGCCCGUGGACGCUGAGCCACGACUGGCAGAUGGGCUCCGUGCCGCUCGUCACCAGCGGCUGGGACCCCCGGAACCUGCUCACCUGCGCGGCGCUGAUCGCACUGGUGGCGCUGUCAUGUAGAUGCUUAGUAGACUUAGAGUUGCAACGUCACACUCCCGCUGUAGUUGGCUUGAUGCUUCUUGUGAUCCCGUACCUGCCAGCAUCCAAUUUACUCGUCACAGUCGGAUUCGUCGUGGCUGAGAGAGUGCUUUAUAUACCCAGUGUGGGCUCAGUAAUGCUGACGGCAUACGGCAUGCAGCUGGCGUGGCGUCGGCGCGGCACGAGGCGCGCGCUUGUGGCCGGCGCCGCCGUGCUGGUGGCGGCCGGCGUGGCGCGUGCCUGCAUGCGCAACCUAGACUGGCGCACCAGGGAGACCCUACUGCGGGCUGAUCUGGCGGUUUUGCCACUAAAUGCGAAAUUGCACUACAAUUUCGCUAACUUCUUGAAAGAUGUUGAACAGCAAGAAAACGCCAUCAAACACUAUAAGGAAGCUUUAAAACUAUGGCCCAGUUACGCGAGCGCGCACAACAACCUGGGCACGCUGGUGCUGGCGUCGGGGCGCGCCGAGCACCACUUCCUGCAGGCACUCAAGUACAACCGUGACCACGUCAACGCGCACUACAAUCUGGCCAAGCUGUACCGGAAGAAGAACAGAGUGAGCGAAGCUCUGAAAAUGCUAGAACGCUGCAUAGCCCUGGAGCCGCGGUUCGUGCAAGCUCACCUGGAGCUGCUGCUGCUCACUGCUGAAGGAGAGAGGAGACCUAUUCUGGACAAACUACUCGAGCUGCAGCCCGACAACUGGGAGCACUACUUGUUGUACGGGAACUGGUACAAGGGAAGAGGUCUCAUACCAGUGUCGCUGGAUUACUACACGACAGCGAUGCGGCUGUCGUUUAGCGGCGACACGGCAUCGAGUGAGCGUGGCAAGUUGCAGGCGCUGCGGGCUGCGGCGCUACUGCUUCGGAGUGCUGGGCAGAGGGCGCGAGUGCUGCAGCUUGUCAUAAGAUGGCAUGCGGUACGCGGCGGCGGGCAGCCGAUGGCGCGUCGUGCGCGGGCGGCGCGCGCGUGGCGGCUGCGCACCGAGCUAGCCGGACGCGCCGCGCAGUACGCGCGACCGACUAUGCAGCCACGUACUGUAACAUCGACUUGUCUCCAUCAUAGCCAAUUAGAAAUAUCACAAAGGUCAUACGUAGAAAAUGCGAAACAGAAUAUGCAUAACACUGACGGUCAAGGCUACGCGGAAAAUGGGCCACCAUUCCGGCAUAUAGAUAAAAUAUUAGACAAUAAUGUUAAAGAUAAGGAUAAUUGCCAAAAAACUAAUAAUAGUUUAAAAAAGAACGUCUCAAUAUCUACUCAGUAUAAACCAACACACAACAAGUCUGAAACUGGACACAAGCAGAAAAGCUGCCCGCUGCACAAGAAAAAGAAGAUCAAGGACCCUGAAUCUUUUACGCCGUUCGUAUCUGACCAUUUGAUAAAGACUUAUUAGAUCUUAAGACUCAUAAUAAUAGUGUAAAGGAAUAAGCUGUACAAUAUAACUUACAAUAGGCACAGGUGUAUAAAUAUGGAAUAUUAACAAAAGGUUUUGUUAUAGCGUAGGUGAUAAUAAAGCUUUUCAUUAAUAAGCAAAAUCUUAGAUCAAAUUCAAAAAAUGGUUCACAGAAACGUUUACAUAAAUAAGUGUGAAUGAGUAAUUAAGUGGUGAAAGUGAUGUGAUUGGUUUAAAAUGGCUGGGCCCUGCCUGGUAGUGAGAUUAUGUAAAGAAAAAAAGAAAUACAAAUUAAAUAACAUGAAGAGUGAACGUACUUACAAAAGUUGUUGUAAAUAAAAAAUAUGUUGAUAUUGAAAAACUGUUGCUUUGUCAGUGUAUUAUGUCCAACUAAAAGUGAUAAGCACGCUCCAUCGUAGACCAUAAUAUUGCUUUCCAUCAGGCGAAUUAUGGUCAAGCGCUUACCUAUUACUGAAUAAAAAAAAAGCAGUUCUAGUCUUUCCCGUUUAAAACUUAACGUCAACAAAGAUAAAAAUUGAUUUCUUUGACAAAAUAUGGACAUUUUGAUUUGUGAUAGGCAUUCAUUAUACAGUAGGUUUUACUGGCAGUCCAGGUUACGACGUUAUCAACUCAAAAAAAAACGCUCUUAUGUGACUGUUGACUUUUUCUUCGCCAUCCGUUUUUUAGAAUUCAUGUCUGAUAUAUUUUUCCGAUUUCAUGGAUGAAAAUUGACUAAUGGAUGAAAAUUGACGCCAUAAAUGUUGUAAGAUGGCGAAUAUUGUAAUCCCUUGUAGAACUGAGCAGCAUUUUACUGUUAUUUACACCACAGAAUCUAUAUCGAGCUCACUAACGAUAUCGUACCUGCAAUGACGCUUACUUUAAAAAGCAAAAGUGUUGCUAUAUAUUUUUGAAUUGGACACACAAAGAAAAAGUAAUCUCAGAGCUGAUAAUAAAAUAUUGUACAAGAACGAGCUAUGAAAUCGUGCCAGUAUUUUCUUAACAGCCUAAAUAGCAGUUAUUGCGAAAAAUUGGUGAACACAAAACAGCGACCUAGGUAUUUGGAAUAAUUAAUGUUCGAUGUAUUAAAAUUUUGUUGAUAUUUUUUUUACUUCUAUAAUAUCAAUAGAAUUUAAAUAACUGUGUGACAAUGUUGUACAUUUCAUUUGUAGAUAAUAUUAUCAAUAACUCAAAAAAGCUGAAUUGUUUUUGUGCAACUAAAUUAGUUGUGGAAGCCAAAUAAUCUGUGAAAGAUGUUUUAAUAUUGAUAAAUUACAGAAUAUUGAACACCUAAUAAUUAUCUAUGUUUGGUUGAGUUAAAACUGUUUUAUGAUAAUAGACAAUGGUAAGAAAUCAUCAAUAACUGCAUAAGAGACCGAUGUAAACUAAAAUGUAAAUAUUUGUAAAAAUCAGUAUCGUAUUCAUAAUGUUGUAAUUUUAUUUGUAUUAUAACUUAAUAAGAUACUUGAUGCACGUGUUGCUUUGGGUGUUUUGGUUUGUUUACACAUGAAUUAUAU